AUGGCUGCCAUGAGCUUACUGCAGCGGGCUUCGGUCACGGCAUUGGCGGCUCUAUCGGGCCGCCACCUGGGAACCCGACUCGGACUCGGAGGGCUCCUCACUCGUGGCUUUCCGAAGACUGCCGCUCCUGUUCGACACAGUGGAAACCAUGGGAAAAGACUAUUUGUCAUCAAACCUUCUGGAUUCUAUGACAGGCGUUUUUUAAAUUUACUAAAAUUCUACAUUUUGUUGACUGGGAUUCCAGUAGCAAUUGGCAUAACUCUGAUAAAUGUAUUCAUUGGUGAAGCUGAAUUAGCAGAAAUUCCAGAAGGCUAUAUCCCUGAACAUUGGGAAUAUUACAAGCAUCCUAUCUCAAGAUGGAUUGCCCGUACUUUCUAUGACUGUCCUGAAAAGAAUUAUGAAAAAACAAUGGCUGUCCUUGAAAUUGAAGCUGAAAAGGCUGAGCUACGGUUGAAGGAGCUAGAAGUACGAGCAUUAAUGCGUGCGAGAGGUGACGGACCCUGGUAUCAGUAUACAACUGUUGAUAAGGCACUUAUUAAUCAUUCUCCAAAAGCAACUCCCGACAACUAA